AUGGAAACGUUCCUAUUCACAUCUGAAUCAGUCAAUGAAGGUCACCCAGACAAGCUCUGUGACCAAGUUUCCGACGCAAUCCUUGAUGCUUGCUUAGAACAAGACCCUGAAAGCAAAGUUGCUUGUGAGACAUGUACCAAGACCAAUAUGGUUAUGGUGUUUGGUGAGAUCACAACUUCUGCUAAAGUUGAUUACGAGAAGAUUGUUAGAUCCACUUGUAGAGAGAUUGGUUUUAUCUCUGCUGAUGUUGGUCUUGAUGCUGACAAAUGCAAUGUCUUGGUUAACAUUGAGCAACAGAGUCCUGACAUUGCUCAGGGUGUUCAUGGUCAUUUGACUAAGAAGCCUGAAGAUAUUGGAGCUGGUGAUCAAGGACAUAUGUUUGGUUAUGCAACUGAUGAGACACCUGAGCUCAUGCCUUUGACUCAUGUCUUAGCCACCAAGCUUGGUGCUAAGCUUACUGAAGUGAGGAAGAACAAGACUUGUCCGUGGUUGAGGCCUGAUGGUAAGACUCAAGUCACUGUUGAGUACAGAAACGAUGGUGGAGCUAUGAUUCCGAUUAGAGUCCACACGGUUCUUAUCUCGACUCAACAUGACGAAACCGUCACCAAUGAUGAGAUUGCUGCUGAUUUGAAGGAGCAUGUGAUCAAGCCGGUUAUUCCUGCUAAGUACCUUGAUGAAAACACUAUCUUUCAUCUGAACCCAUCUGGUCGUUUUGUCAUUGGAGGGCCUCACGGUGAUGCUGGACUCACGGGGAGGAAGAUCAUCAUCGAUACUUAUGGUGGUUGGGGUGCUCAUGGUGGAGGUGCUUUCUCAGGGAAAGACCCAACCAAGGUUGACAGAAGCGGUGCCUAUAUCGUCAGGCAGGCUGCAAAGAGCGUGGUAGCAGCGGGACUCGCACGCCGCUGUAUCGUGCAGGUGUCGUAUGCCAUUGGUGUGCCUGAGCCACUCUCGGUGUUUGUUGACACCUACAAGACCGGGACCAUCCCGGACAAGGAUAUCCUCGUGUUGAUCAAGGAAGCUUUUGACUUCAGGCCGGGAAUGAUGGCUAUCAACCUCGAUUUGAAGAGAGGAGGUAACUUCAGGUUCCAGAAAACCGCUGCUUAUGGCCAUUUCGGACGUGAAGACCCUGACUUCACUUGGGAGGUCAUCAAGCCACUCAAGCCAAAGGCUUAA